GUAUUAUUGCCCACUCUAUCUUUACUCUCCGCUGAUAUUCUUCCAACCUAUUACUACUUUUCCUUUAAUGUUUAUCCUUACUGACCGAGGUUGAGACCGGUAACCCGCACUGUCGGGGCUUUCGUUCCUCAGAUUUCUUCCCAAUGAUUCCGUCACAAUUACUUCCGGCGCUCGUCCUGCUAGCUACGUGCGCGUGCGCCUUUCCACUUUUUGAUCAACAGCUGCUUGGCAACAAUGGGAUCUCUCAGAGGCCUCAGCUCGAAGCACAGGUCGAUGUCGAGCCAACCUCGCGGGGCCUUUCAGGUCGCUUCUUGCACAUAACCGAUUUACAUCCCGACUCAUACUAUAAGCCUGGAACAUCACCCGAUAAAGCGUGUCACCGAGGGGACGGCUCGGCUGGGUAUUUUGGGUCAGAAGGAACCGAAUGCGACGCCCCUAUCACGUUGAUCAACGAAACGUUCCGCUGGAUCGAGAAGAACCUGAAGGGCAAGGUGGACUUUAUCAUCUGGACUGGCGACUCAGCCCGACACGAUAACGACGAAAAGAAGCCUCGAGAACCCGAGGAGGUCCUUGAGUUGAACAAGUUGCUUGCAGAGAAAUUCGUGGAAACUUUCAAGGAUGACAACUCCGUGAAGGGUAUCUCGAUCCCAAUCAUUCCCACUUUCGGCAACAACGAUAUCAUGCCCCACAACAUUUUCAAGGCUGGUCCCAAUCGGUGGACGAAGCAGUACAGGGAGAUCUGGUCCAAUUUCAUACCCGAGUAUCAGCUUCAUAGCUUCGUGGAAGGUGGCUGGUUCAUCUCCGAGGUGAUUCCUGAGAAGCUGGCUGUGGUCAGUCUGAAUACAAUGUACUUCUUCGACUCGAACUCCGCCGUCGACGGAUGCGCUGCGAAGUCCGAGCCUGGCUAUGAACAUAUGGAAUGGCUGCGCGUGCAGCUUGAGAUGUUGCGAGGAAGGCACAUGAAGGCCAUUCUCAUGGGACACGUCCCUCCGGCUCGGGCUGGCACCAAGCGAAACUGGGAUGAAUCUUGCUGGCAGAAAUAUACUUUGUGGCUUCACCAGUUCCGAGAUGUCGUGGUUGGCAGUGUCUAUGGACAUAUGAAUCUCGAUCAUUUCAUGCUCCAGGAUAGCCACAAGGUGGACAUCGUCAGCGUCGAGGAGUCUUCUGUCUACCUCGGCGGCUCAGGAGAAGAUGAACUAUCCACACAGUCUAGAUCUGAUUAUCUCUCUAGCCUCAGGAAGGACUGGUCGAAAUUGCCAUCCGUCCCGGCGGGCACAUCGAAAAGCUUUUCGAUGGACGAGUGGUUCGACGAGGACGAAACCUCCAUUCUCGGAUCCAAGAAAAAGAAGCGCUUCUUGAAGAAAAUUGGGGGUCCUUUCGCGGAGCGCUAUAGUGUGUCAUUGGUUUCUCCCAGCGUAGUACCCAACUAUUUCCCAACUUUGCGGGUCGUGGAGUACAACAUCACUGGUUUGGAACAUGCAGCCACUUGGGCCAGCACUCCCUUUCGCAGCAGCAUCGAUAGCGUUUCCUUGGACAUGGAGGAUGACAGCCCGUUGUCCGAUGCAGGGGAGAAGCAGAGCAAGAAGCCCCACUUCGAAGUUCCAGCCCCUCCAUCUAAGACCACCCCCCCAGGACCGGCUUACUCAAACCAAGCGCUCUCCUGGCUCAGCUACACCCAAUAUUAUGCGAACCUCACAAGGAUCAAUAGCCAGAUGACAACUCGCGAACGGGCAAGUGAUGGAGCAGAAGAGCUUACUGCCUCGAAACGUGAUGAUGUUUUCGCCUAUGAAGUCGAGUACGAUACUCGAGACGACAAGGUCUACAAGAUGGAUGACCUCACUGUGCGCAGUUUCUUCAAGCUCGCUUCACGGAUCGCCAAGCGAGGGGGCAAAAAGGCCAACAAGGCCAAGUCUUCUUCCCUUGGAGAUAUGGAGGAAGCCGAUUUGGAUGAUUUCGAUGCAGGGACUGACUACGGUACCCAGGGUAUUGAGGCAGCGAACUUCAAGAAACACAAAAAUCGGGUAUGGAAGACGUUUGUAACGAGGGCUUUUGUUGGUCUUCUGCAAAACGACGACAUUGACGACAUAAAUUGACGAGCUUGGUCGACUCAUCAAUUAAUGAUCCCCUAAAAAGUAUACGAUGUUACGGCCCCUAGGUAUCCUUUCUCUUCCUUUGGCUCACUGAAAUGAAUUGUGUUGCAUGUAUAUACCACACAUAUUCUACUACUUAUCUAAUUCAUGUUCCG